GACCUUAAAAGGCUUCCCCCGAAUUGGAUCAUCAUCAACACCAUACAACCGGCAACUCCGAGAUAAUUUUUCUUUUUUUCCUUCCAAAAAUGGGAUUGCCAACCGAAGACCUCCCCCCGCCGACAUACACCGAAGCCACCACCACCAGCUUGAGCUCCUCCUCACCUUCCCUCGGGCGAUAUUACGGCACCUCCUCCCCGCUCUCCCCAGACGCCACAGGAACCACAGCAGCAGCAACAAGAACAAUAACAACAUCAGGAGCGGGAGGCCGGCUCGUCUCCUCGCCGCUGACCCACCACCUGCGCACCCUCCCAGCCCGACUGCGGGCGUCCCACCUGGCGCGGCAGACGGCGCGGGCGGCGCUGGAGCUAGACCUAGCAGCCGUGCUAGCAGCGCGCGUCGAGGGGUUCCUGGCGCGCGACGACGUCGUCCUGCGCCUCGGCAGCUCCUCGUCCUUUUCUUCCUCUUCCGUCGCCGAGCUGACGCUCGUGCCCGCGUCGGCGGUGCCCCGCGGGGCCGGGCUGAGCGGCGCGGUCGAGCGGCGGCGCGAGGGCGAGAUUGUCCGCGCCGCGCGCGUCGACGUCGUCCGCCGCCUGCGCGUCCUCCGCGGGUUUGCGGACGAGAAAGGCGGCGAUGAUGAUGAUGAUGAUGAUGAUGACGAAGACGAAGACGACGACGGCGGCAUGCUGGACGGGGCGAAUCGGCAUCGUCGUCGGCGGCGGCGGCGGCGGAGGUUCUCUGGUGCUCCGGAUCCGGGCGGGAACGGCGGGGAUAAGAAAGGUGGUGGUGGUGGUGGUGGUGGUGGUAGUUUGAGGCAGGAGAUCGUAACCGAGUUUGGGGACUGGGGGCGGUUCGACAGCUCCGAGGGCGUCGAAGGGGGCGGCGGCGGCGGCGAGUCUUGGUGGUUCGGGGACGAGGACAUGGCGCGGCGGCUGGCGGCGUACCUGCGGCCCGAGCCGGAUCUCGAGCGGAAGCGCGUGCAGGCUUCCGUGGCGGAGAAUAGGACGGCGGCGCCGAGCAAGGAGGAGAAACCGUCCGGGUGGGCCCGCUGGGGCCUGGGGGUCGGCGGCGGUCGCAAGAAGGCGGCCGAGCGGGCCUCGUCCGGGCCGCUGCCGUCGCCCGUCUCGCCUGUGAACCCGGCGUCGGGCCCCGGGCCGGCCGCGGCAGCGGUGGGCGAGGACGACGCGAUUACGAUGGCGGUCAGGGCGGAGGAGGUCACCUUCCGGUGGGAGAACGACUUUGGCUUGUGGGAGAGCAAAACCGGAUGGGGCAUCGUGGUCACCUUGACGAUGCAGCCGUGAAGUUAUACGUGCGUUUGUUUGUUUGUCUCUGGGGGGGGAGGUUUCAUGACCAUGUAUGUCAGGUAAUUGAAUUGGUGAUCGA